CAGCCGUCGUGGGGAUCGAACGCGGCGGCGCUUCGCCAUUCCUCGCGCGUGAGCCGCCGACUGAAUUUCGCGAUUCGAGUACGACGAUCCGCCGAUCCGGCGGAUUUAUUUCGCGCGCGACGCCACCACGGCUGCCCUAAAAUCGUAGACUUCCCUCGUGAUGUCCGCGGGAGACACGUGCGCGUGUGUACACCUGCAUUGAGGCACGUCGCGACGUGAUCGGCUCGAGCGACAACAACCGGGGCAACGCGUCCUCCGUUCUCGAUCUGUACAAGCGAACGCGAUUAUCUCGAUUGCGAGCAAGGAUAAUAACGUGCGAGCGACGUUCGCAUCGUUAAGAUCGAGCGUUGAGCAACGGGAAGCAACACCGCACGCUCGAGAGGUGUCUUCGUGUACUUUCGGAGCCCACAGACGUAAAACAGGUUAAUGCGGCGCUAAGUGCAAGACUUUCGUCGAAGACAAUGCGAGCGUAUUAAAGCUGCAAAUGAAAGAAGAAACGAGACGAGAUAAGAACUGAUAAGAAUUCGCAACUUCUCUAAAGCUCCUCUCGUUGCUCUCUCGGUUGUGCCGUGAAAAGUUCACAAAAAAAAAAAAACAAGUCGAAUAAAAUUCUGACGAGUACGUCGAGGUGCUGCAGUGCCUCGAGGGAGGGACUUCGUGGACAUGAAGGACGAGAAGGAUCGUCGGGGAUCCUUCGCGUCGAGAAGGUGAUUCGCUAACGAUGUCACUCUGAAGACCGCUCCGUGAAGUGAAAAGAUGUGCUGCUCAGGUGGCCCAGGUGGAAUCAGGCUGACCGGAUGCGGCGUCGUCUGCGGCCUUGCCGCGCUGGCGGCCCUCGGCGUCGCUCUUUCGGGCCCGACCUGGCUACACACCGAGGAGAAGCUCGCCGUGCCCGACGUACCGAAGAAUUCCGCGGUCAGCGUGAGAUUCAAGCUGGGGCUCUUCAGAGUCUGCUCGACGAUCGUGAAUCCCUCCAACCUGACGCUCCCCUUUUCGUUACCGCCGCCUUGUAGUUACGUGAGGUACAGCAGCCUGGAGGACGUGAAGCCGAAGGAGUUGGGCUUCCCCCAAUUAGAAUUCACGCCCACGGUUGUCUCAAAAAUACGGAUCUCCGCGCCGUUCCAAGUGGUCGCCGCGGUUCUGAUCUUCGCCGCGACGAUGUCGGCUAUGAUCGGCCAUUGUUAUUCCGAUCACAAGACCCUCGUAGCCUGCGGACUCUUCCUUCUGAGCGGACUUUCCUUGGGCGGCGGACUGAUAGUUCUGGCGUCAGCAUUGUCGGACGCGUCACUGGAGUUACCGGGGAAAUAUAGUUUGCCGUCAACGGCCGGCAUGCAAACGGACGAUAACGGUCUACCUCAGUAUCACUACGGCUGGUGCCUACAGCUCUCGGGAUUAGCGUUGAUGCUCGCGGAAGUGGCGGCCGUUUUAACGAUGUCCGGUUACAUGGCGCGGUUCUCCACGGUCGAGGAGAUGGUGAGAGUCAUGGUGCCGGGCGCCGAGAGAAAGCUGAGGGAGCAGAGAGGAUUCAGCUCGGAGUAUCUCGUGAGGGCGCAUCAGAAGUCACCGGGGCUACCGCAGGCCCGACCCUUCGGCCAGCCAACCAAAACGCCUCAAAAAAUAGCCGAAGAGGGGACCUCAUUGCUCUGCAAGUCGGCGCCCGAUAUCUGCGCGUCGAAUCCACAGGCCAUCAGUUACGUCGAUAAGGCAGACCUGUCGCACGUUCUGCCGAUUUACCCGGACGGCAAGAACAUCGAUCCGCGGUACAACAAUUUCGAGAAGUCCGAGGGCAACGUCGUAGAUUCCCGACUGAGCGGUUUCACCGAUAAGGAAGGCUUCAUCGAUUCCCGGAUUCUGUCGGAAUCCAGGCAAAACAUGAUCGCCUUUACGGAUAACAAGGAACCCGAUCAGGAGCAGCGGUAUAACACCGAGUUCUCCGCGCGAAAUACCGAUCAGAAUAUCGUCGAUUCCAGACUGAGCGGUUUCGCCGACAAGGAGGGUCUUCUCGAUUCUCGAUUGAGCGGCUAUGUGGACAAGAACGAAUCCUUACUGGACACCCCGUUUGGUUACGACACCAGAUUCAACAGUCUCGCCGGGCAGACCGUCCCGAUCACGCUGAAGAACCAAAACGCCUCGGUAUCGGCUAUUCAAUCGCAGUACAUAUAUCAAAACUUUGGAACGAUACACUCGGGCAUUCUCAAGGUAUCGGAACCGGGUACCAGCUCCAGUUCCAAUUCUAGUCAACGUAGCAUGACCCUGCAGAAUCCGAAGCGGAAGUCACAGAUCGCUCAGAACACCUUCAGCACGAUGGAAUGCGAAAAGCGGAAGCGAGCAUCCGGGCUAACCGGCAAGGCGGGCUUUUACACCGGAAGUGCCGUAUGACCACCACCCCCACCUCCGACACCGAGGUAACUCCUAGAAGAGGACACCCCAUUGUAGCCGGAAACUCAGUAUGACUUUCGAGUUUGGUCGGAGGAUAUUAAUCGCUAAUUGCGCGCAAAGAUUGAGAAAAAAAAAGAAUUUUUUACCUGCAGCUGAACACAACUCUGCCGUAUUUAUAUAACAAUGCACUUACCGAUGUACGGUACAUAAAAAAACAUGCGUCUUAUCGACUAUCAGCGUUGCAGAUUCCUACAAUGGAUCUCAAAAACUGCCAAAAAGCUGCCAAAAAGAUGCCAAAAUUAUAAUUACGAUAAUGCAUUAAUUUAAAGCAGUAACUGAAAUAGUUAGAUUUGUAUAGUAGAAUCUUCAAAGUACAAUUCGUACAAAAAGAGAGAUACAAACAUUAAAAUAUGUCGAUAAUAUUGCGAGCAACGCACUUUAUUAAAUGAAUUAAAUAAAGAUAAAAAUGAUGAACGAUUCAGAUUACUCUUUCAUCAUUUUACAUAUAUGAAGAAGUAAGAUAAUGUCCGUCAUUCGUUGUUAAGACUAACUUUAAUUCAACAUCAUAAUCGCGUUUCAGCUGCAUAACCAAUCGAAUAAAGCUGUAAGAUGAAAUACUUAUUAUAAUAUAGUCAAUAUAUUGUAAUAUAAUUGGUGGUUGAUAUACUCAAAUAAGUCGGGCGCAACUUUCGUACUUUCAUUGAACAAUAAGUAAUCACAAAAAUGCCAGUUAAUGAAGUCAAGUGCAAUGGUUUACAAUUAAGGAUUUUCCCGAUUUCUUUCAGCGACGUAUAUUAUAGUAUGUACACGCUCUAAUUGUAUCACUAAUCGAAGACAUAUCAGAAAUAAAAGCGUUUCCGUUGAUCAUGCUGUGAUUAUUGGAAAGUCUUUUAUUUUGAAUUCGAUUUUUACUUUGAAUUCCUUCAUCUAUUAUUAGAACAAAUAACAGAUGUUUUAUGCGCCCGCAUAAGAAAGAAUAAUGCGUACAUCAAUAUGUUGUAAUGACUGUAGUUGAGUGUAAUAAAAUAUUCCUUUUCUAAUAA